AUGGACACCUUCAAGGACUCGGUCGUUUCGCAGACGACCUAUCUAAACGUGUGCGACACGGUGCUAUCUUCCUUCAAUAUCCAGCUGAUAUUUUUCUACGAGAAUGAGGCUGGUGUCGAUCAUUUUAUGGACAGCACCAAGCUAGAGCAGGCGUUCUACAAGACUCUUGUGGUGUUUCCUAGCUAUGCUGGAGUGGCACGAAUGAGAUCGGACGGCAGACUAGAGCUGGUGAUUGAUAGGGACAACCUCAAUAUGCCAGUUUACCGUGUCUCAGAGUCUGAUGUUCCCUUCGGCGAUCUCAAGGCAGCGAAGUACAGCCCCAAGAGCUGGCCGCCUGGGCUCAUGACGGCAGCAGCUAUCCCUCUUCCUGAUGCCGAAACCGGAGUCACCAAGAUGCUCAACGCACAUGUCGUGCGUUGCAAGGACAACUCUGGUGUAGUUGUAUACGUGUGUGGCCAUCAUAUCGUAGCUGAUGGGAACGGCAUGUACACGUUUGUACGGCGCUGGGCAGACGAGAUGCGUGCGCUUGUCGAGGGUACACCGGGACCGGACUACCCACUCAACUUUGACCGGUCAAGCAUCUUUGGACCUCCUAGCGCCGAAAGCAUGGAGCUAAGUGAAAUCGAGCGAAAGAACCUCCAGUCGUUCUUUUCGACCUCGCUCAAUGAAAUGUGCCACAAGGAGAUUGUAGACGGUGGAUACGACAGCAAUCUCUACCGGAUCAACAGAGCCGAUCUCGACAAUCUGCGCAGAGAGACCCUGGAGUUUGUUUCAGGAGGCACGCGCCUAUCAACCAACGAUGUGCUCACUGCGUUGAUGUCCAAGACACUGGCGUGGGCUGUUAAAGACUCUACUGCUGAUGAGGCGUCCGAAGAGUCUGCUCCUGCUAGUGAGGUGAUGGAGCCGCCUCUCCAAUGCGUCGCCUUUGCCUACAAUAUCCGCCCAGUCCUGGGUGAGUCCUUCGCCAAUUAUAUAGGGAAUGGCUUGUACAUCCCUUCGUUUACGCAUCCGUUCGACGGCUCUGCCUCGGCUGUUACAGCCCAGUCGCUGGCCGAGAUGGCGCUCAAGGUGCGCAAUUCGGUGGACGCGGUCAAGAAACAUCAUGUCCAGCAGUUCUUUGCCAGUAUUGAGGGAGAUCCUGAGAAGGUCGCUAGCACGCUGGCGCAUGAUAGCCCGUUCAAGCAUACUGCCAUUCUGACCAACCACUUCAAGCUUAGGGUCUAUGAGAUCAACUUUGGCUUUGGUGUAGCAACUUUUGUUGCACCACGCCCCUACCUGGCCAGGGUCUGCGUGCGAAUCCUGCCUGUUAGCCCUCCAAGCAACGACAUUUAUGUUUUCAUCAAUGACACGCCUGCCGUUCUCGACAGUGUCCGCAAGAACAAGUUUUGGAACAGCCUGGCAGAGCUGGUGUACUAG